AAAUGCAAGUCCAGGAAGUGACGUAAUUUCGCGCAUGCGUAGACUGAUCGUGUCUUCCGGUGCCGUUGGGAAAACCAGCACCAACAGAAUGGAGACGGAACAAUGCCUACAUUUGUUUCGUAACUCUAAACACAAGUCAACGACGGAAGUUUUACCUGCAGAUGUAAGAAAGGUGAUUGUUGGUGAACACCAACAGCAGGAUUGGAUCUCCAGGCUGGAACAGCAGGAAGAGGGGGAGGCUGACGUCAGCAAGUCCCAUGUGAAGAUUGAGGAAGAGCAAGCCGAGUGGUCACAGCUUCAUCACAGAGAGGAUGAGACGCUGAGGUAUCGCGAUGCUCUCGCAGGAGGAAAACCUUUUUCUUGCUCGCUUUGUGGCAAAAGCUUUUCUCGCAAAGGACACCUGAUCACGCACACACGAACACACUCCGGAGAGAAAAAAUUUUCUUGCUCAGUGUGCGGCAGAAACUUCUCAGAUAAGAGCAACAUGAUGACACACACGACGACGCACUCUGAAGAAAAACCUUUCACUUGCUCUGUUUGUGGCAAAGGAUUCUCUGUCAAGAGAUAUUUGGUGUCCCACAUGAGGAUACACACGGGAGAAAAACCUUAUUCUUGCUCAGUGUGCAACGCAGAUUUCAGUUACCGCAUGUCGCUGGUGCUGCACAUGAGAACGCACACCGGAGAGAAACCUUUCUCUUGCUCGGUUUGCGCAAAAGGUUUCUGCCAAAAGGGACAGCUAAGAACACACAUGAGGACGCACACGGGAGAAAAACCUUUUUCCUGCUUGUUCUGCGGGAAACUGUUCUCUCAGAAAGGACACAUGAUGUCUCAUGCGAGAACACACUCGGGAGAAAAAACAUUUACAUGUUAAUUUUGCGGGAAAGCUUUCUCCGAUAAGCGAAACAUGACAAUACACACGAGAAGACAUGCUGAUGAGAAUAAGUGUGUGUGUGAUGGAUGAUGGCAACCUUUGACCUCUGGUGACAACCACAUGAAGCUGACAGAAGAUGACAACUUCCAUUAGUAGCGCCAGCAGACAUCUUCAUCUCUAUGUAGAUUUUCCCUACAUAUGUUUUAAGAUUAGUCAUCAUGUGAUCCUCAAUAAAGUCCGGAAACUCUGGCAAAUCAACACAUGCACAUGCUGUUUUUAUGUGAGCUUAUUUAUAUACUUAUAAUCGAACACCACAAAAGAUAGCAGAUUGUGCGGAAAGUAGAAGCUAAACAAAGAUUAUCAAAAUUGUUUACUAUUCUUAUUCAAAAAUAAAUGCUGCUGCAUAUAGUUUUUCAUAAAUACAUUAUCUACACGUUGAUACUCGCAUAUUGAUUGUAAAACUGACCUUUUUAGCCGUAAUUGCGAUGGGUUGCAUAUGAUGUCACAU